AUGCGGCAGCACAGGCAUUUGGGCAACGUAUCUUUUAACCUUAUGCCUUCAUUCACUGCUAGAACAGACACCUGGGAGUUAGGCAACUAUUGUAAGUACACUGCGGGCUCUCUUGUGCCAGAUAAACACACUGCGGGCUCUCCUGUACCAGAUAAGCACACUGAGAGCUCUCCUUUGCCAGAUAAGUACACUGUGGGCUCUCCUGUGCCAAGUAAGCAUACUGCGGGCUCUCCUGUGCCAGGUAAGCACACUGCGGGCUCUCCUGUGCCAGGUAAGUACACUGCGGGCUCUCCUGUACCUGAUAGGCACACUACGGGCUCUCCUGUGCCAGGUAAGCAUGUUGCGGGCUCUCCUGUACCAGGUAAGCAUACUGCGGACUCUCCUGUACCACGUAAGUACACUGCGAGCUCUCUUGUGCCAGAUAAACACACUGCGGGCUCUCCUUUGCCAGAUAAGUACACUGUGGGCUCUCCUGUGCCAGAUAAGUACACUGUGGGCUCUCCUGUACCAGGUAAGCACACUGCGGGCUCUCCUGUACCAGGUAAGCACACUGCGGGCUCUCCUGUGCCAUAUCGGUACACUGUGGGCUCCUGUGCCAGAUCAGUGAGCAAGUCAACUGUGGGCAAAUGUCACCUCUCUAGCACAGCAAAACAUGAACUUAACUUCUCUGGAAGAACUCAGUUCAAUAAUAAUAUCCAGUAG